AACUGCGUCAAGUAUCGACCAGAAGCAGGGAUAACAGUGAAACGUGGGUGCUUUUUGUAUAUACUAGAAUACUAGGUAGUGUCUUUGUAUAAAUACACCGAUUCGACAAAGACAGAAAUGCCGCUUAGCUGUAGAUUUUACAAAGAGAAGUACCCGGAGGUGGAUGACGUUGUGAUGGUGAACGUCAGGAGCAUAGCUGAGAUGGGCGCAUACGUCCAUCUGCUCGAAUACAACAACAUCGAAGGGAUGAUACUGUUAUCGGAAUUGUCUAGGAGGCGUAUAAGGUCUAUCAACAAGCUCAUCAGGGUCGGUAAGACUGAACCUGUCGUCGUCAUAAGAGUCGACAAGGACAAAGGUUAUAUUGAUUUGAGCAAAAGGCGAGUCUCGCCUGAAGACGUUGAAAAGUGUACGGAGCGGUUUGCGAAAGCGAAGGCGGUCAACUCGAUCCUACGGCAUGUAUCGGAACUCCUCGAGUACGAAAAUGACGAACAGUUAGAAGACCUAUAUCAAAGGACUGCAUGGCUCUUUGAAGAAAAGACAAAAAAGAAAGCUUCAGCUUACGAUUUCUUCAAGCAGGCUGUACUAGACAAUUCUAUUCUCGCCGAAUGUGGACUGCCUGAACAAACGCAGGAAGUAUUGCUUACGAAUAUAAAAAGGAAACUGACAAGCCAGGCUGUCAAAAUACGGGCCGACAUUGAAGUCGCUUGCUAUGAGUACGAAGGGAUCGACGCUGUUAAAACAGCCCUCAAGGCCGGUCUUGCACUCUCUACGGAAGAAUUACCAAUCAAAAUUAAUUUAAUUGCACCACCCCUCUAUGUAAUUACGACAGCCACGCCGGAUAAAGCAGAGGGACUUAAAGCGUUGCAAGAAGCGAUAGAAAAAAUUAAAGAAGUCAUUAAACAACUUGGAGGCGUUUUUCAAAUACAGAUGGCUCCUAAGGUUGUCACUGCGACUGAUGAAGCUGAACUCGCUCGGCAAAUGGAAAGGGCAGAGGCAGAAAACGCAGAAGUCGCUGGUGAUGAUGACGAAGAAGAAGACGAGGAAGAAGGACAAGAAGGCGGUGAGGAGAGUGCGGAAGAAAAUUAAUAUAAUAGAAUACAUUUUUGUUUAAAUAUAUGAAUUUUACUAUCUUCUUCUAUA